ACCUGUGCGCCAAAACUCUGACAGCCUUUCACCUCACCUGGACCGUCUGCGAUGGAGAAAAGCAGAUGAAAUAUGAUGAGGAUUUUACUUUUCUGCGCGCAUUUUUCCAACAAGGGCAAGAGCAGCGGAGCAGAGCCGAGACAGAGUUUACUUCCAAAAGAAAAUCACAGCGGCAGCACCUCUGUAGGGCGGACAGGUUUUUAAUGCGUCACCAUCCUGUCAUGUGGUAAUCAUCUCAGUGUAACCCAAAAGACACUGAACAACACUUUGAGCAGGUGACCUCAUCCACAGAUUUGCACCUGCACGAGCUGCUCACAUGGCCCACCCGUACGAGCCCUGGUUACGGACAGCACCACCUAGUGGCAGCUCAGACGACAUGAACAUCGCUUCCUGGUGGGACCUUCACAGAGACGUCCAAGCAGGCAGUUGGAUAGACCUACAGACGGGUCAAGGUGUGGGCCUGCCUUCAGUGAAUCCAGGCGGCUCCAUGGGUUUGCAGCCUUCUCUGGGGCCCUAUGGCUCUGACCCACAGCUGUGCACCCUGCCCCCGGCUCAGCACGCUCCACCCUCGCAACCAUCCCAUCUCUUCCCCCAGGACGGCUUCAAGAUGGAGCCACUAGCCCCCGAAAUGCUGCAGCAAGAAACCUUCUCAAUGGAGGAACCUCAGGAGACGUCUGUGUCAGCUCGCCCCAAGCCCCAGCGCCGCUCUUCUUCCAGAGGCGGCAGCCAGGCUGUGUGCCGCUGCCCUAAUUGUGUCCACGCUGAGCAAAUGGGCCAGAGCACUGACGACAGCAGAAGGAAGCACAUGCACAAUUGUCACAUCCCCGGCUGUGGCAAAGCCUAUGCCAAGACCUCCCAUCUGAAGGCUCACCUGCGCUGGCACAGCGGAGACAGGCCGUUCGUCUGCAACUGGCUGUUCUGUGGCAAGAGGUUCACGCGCUCUGAUGAACUACAGCGACACCUACAGACGCACACUGGCGCCAAGAAGUUCAGCUGCGCAUUAUGUCCCAGAGUGUUUAUGCGCAACGACCACCUGGCCAAGCACAUGCGCACGCACGAGUCCCCACCAGGACAAGGGGAGGACAGGCUAAACGGAGAUGGGAGGGGGGAUAAGAGCUUUGAUGCAUCUACACCUCCCCAGUCAUCCUCAAAUGUGUCUGACAGCACAGAUCCUCCACUGAAGCUGAAGUGUGAGACAGACGCCUCCGUCUCCAGCGUGACGGGGCAGUCGGGCUAGCUGCGUCGCGUUCAGUUAAAGGGUUGCCAUCACCUCACAGAGGUGUCAUAGUUUCAUGAUAGAUUAGAGAGUAGAAGGAAGGUAUGAACACUCUUUCACUGAUGAACACUGAUGGAACAAAAAAUAUGUAUGUGUGGUCCUGUGAAUUUAUCACACAAAUGUGAUAAACCGUGAUGCCACGGCACGCUGAAAAGCAGGAAUCCUAUUGAUCUUGUGUGUAAACCUUUCGUCUGUGACUACUAAAGGUGAAAGGUGGCGAAGGAGGCGAUGGAGCUGAAGCUGCAGCUUGUUGCUGGACUUCGAUUGCUGCUAGCGCUACAGCCACCAGUAGCCCAAGAGACUGACAUGAGUUCAUGAGAAGGUGGUUAGGUAGCUUGUUUACAAUCAGAUCAAAUGUGUAACUGGAAGAAAAGAGCAUUGAGUUUAACAGUUUCAAGGAAAGCAGACAGUAAUAUUGAUAUUUUCCUUAUGUUAAGACUGUUACCACACGUGUGUGUAGCCUACUGUACUGGAAGAAGAUGUAGGUUAGCAGCCAUUUGAAUGGGUGAAAGUCCAGAAGACCAAAGAGUGUGACAAUGAUUAAAAUGGUCUGUAAUCCAAAGGAAAUACAACUUUAAUGUUGUACUAUGGCCAAAAUAAGGCUGGUGAUAAUAUAAUAUAAUAUAAUAUAAUAUAAUAUAAUAUAAUAUAAUAUAAUAUAAUAUAAUAUAGAAAAUUAUGCACUACAAUGGCUAGUGUUUACCAAAAUACUGUGUUUAUGUCACUGCUACAGUGGCACUUAUUAACACACAGUAGGAGAAUGUGAACAGGUGUUCCACUGGGAGCGCAACAAAGAAAAAAACUACUACAGUGAUGUGAAAAACUCACAAGGACGGAGGCUGAAUGGCGGGCGGAUGGGAAAUGCCGGCUGGUGAAAUGAAGCCCGGUUUCUGUCGAGACACGCCGAUGAGAGAAGUCACAUCUGGCAGCAAGACAAACACAACUCCACAGAUCGGCCCUGUCAACACGACAGGCUUGCACAGAGAAAUACUCCUUCUGCUACAUCUGCCAUUUAAGGUUAAGGAUAGAGCUGAUGUUCUUACUUUUUUAUGAGUUGUGGCUAAAACACAACCAAACCGUGGCCCCAACAUUAAAUGGGUCACUGACGAUGACUGCUAAGAGGUUUAUCCGGAGCCCGAUGCAGUCCCGCCAUUUAAAGCUGCAUUUAACUGCAGCUUUUGUAACAAUGGCUCAAAUGUGUAAUGUGAAAGAGCUCACUUGAUGAGUCACCACUCAUUCAUCUCAUCUGUACUCUAUGUUUUAGCAUCUUUUAGGUCAUUGUUUUGGUUUAUCUGCCCUCACCUUUACUGUUGUUUCAGCUUCACCCAUGAAUCAUGCUUCCAGCUCACUGCUGCCUCUAAACAGACAGAGCAAGCAACUCGCUGCAAAACAUAAAACUACAAAACUUUAUUUUAUUUUUUUUAAUAAAAGGGAGUCAAUAUUAAACUCACAAUAUUCAAGGGGCAAAAAAUACACUAUAUGGACAAAAGUACUGGGCCACCUACACAUUGCAUCUGCAGCAGCUCCCAGUGCACAGUUUUUGUGCUGAUGUUAAUGCCAAUUUUUUCAGUGUCUGUAAAAGCAGACUGCCUGGCGAGGUGCUUGAUGUUACACAGCUGUGCCAAUGCAACUGAAAACACCUAAAUUCAAAGUUUAAGACGUGCGGCUCAGUACUUUUACAAAUAUAGGGUAUAAUUCUAAAAAUCAAAUACAGAUUUAAAAUACACCAGCAUUUACUGGUUUUCCUGCUGCCCCCAAGAGGCCAAAAUUAAAAUAACACAAAAGAAAAUCUUUAAAAAAAAACAAAAAAAAACAACAACAUUUUUUUUAAAAGCAUAAAGAUGGACAUUGCCACCGUGAUAAAGUAAUGGUUUUGCACUCAUUAGCACCAUGUUGUUUUUUGUUUUGUUUUGUUUUUUGUUUGUUUGUUUUUUUAGCUAGAAGUAACCGUGUAUGGAUAAAAGGGCGGAGUGCUAAGUUAUCAGCAAACUGUAAAGCUCACGUGUCAGUCAACACAGCUGCACCAUUAACUUAAUUAAACAAGUAGAUGAGUUCUAAAAACAAAAUUUUUUAUGAAAAGAGAGAAAAAAAACACUUUUGGAGUCCCUCAAGUGGACAUUAGAGGUACUGCAUUUUUGCCUUUUCCAUGUUGGCUUUAUUUUUCAGCUCUUAUGGCCCCCCCUAUCGUUUUUCACACAGAUAUUCCACCUUGAGUCUGUCAGGUGACACCCCCGUCGUUAUGACGCCUUUGCUUGUUCACACUGAACCACAGCGAGUCAGAGCGGUUAAACACAGGCCGGCCUAAUCAGAGGGGCAUGACGUCUUAUGUGUCCCAUCGAGUUUUCGGGAAGGGCGGGCGCCACAUUCCAGCAUUUGACACUUGAUGAGUGUGCUGUUAGGCAGUGUUACAGUAGAUGGUUGAUAGCUGCUCACCUUUUCAAUAAAGGUGCUACUAACACACAAUGACACACCUCUCAUGAGCUUUCUGUUCCAAACUGGACCGACAAGGUUGCUUAUUUGAGAACUUAUGUGCCUUUGUUUUAUAUUAAAGAAAAGAGUUCUAGACCACAGCUUUUGGCAAAUGAGGAGCAACCAAUGCAGUGCAACAUCUCUCAAAACACAAACGGACUACACUAGAAUAUAUUGCACAGGAAGGGUGGAAAUAGUGGAUCGUGUGGACCCAGGUUCACACUGUUUCAUGAUUACUAUCUGCCGGCUUGAAGCUGAAAGCCCUCCGGUUCACUUUUGAACCUUUAACACAGAAGGUGUGGUCGUACUUGAAUCUCCCUGCUGUGAACAGGCGGUACAUAAAAGAGGUGGAACAUGAUGGUCAUGUCAUAAACAUGUGAAAGAAAAUGUCAGAAUGGCUCAAAAUCUUCACGCUGUCAUCACAUAUGUCAUCUGACCGAGCGGUGCACUCCUGGAUUUCCUCAUUGAGUGGUUUCAUAUAGUUCUUCCAAACGUUUCCAGCCCCCAUUUCCAUUUCAAUAAGAGCUGCUGCAGUUUUGUUUUUAUUUUCAGAGACACGUCAUCUAACAGAACACUUUGCUGAAACACAAGCACCGUUCGACUCCCUUUUUCUGCAGCGUUAACGUGCCGAGAGAGGCUGCGCUGGCAGACCAGCAGCAGAAAGAGCUUUGGUUACUUGUUUUGGGUAGUUAACUUUCAUAAUCGAUAUUGUAUGAUUGGUAGUUGUGUAGCAAGCAGUGCGAGCAGCUUUAAAGUGUAAAACACUUUUAGGAUGUAUGUAAACCGUCGCAGACGUUAGGCAGAUUUUUAUAUAUUAGAGAGCUUGAAUUACUGGAGGCUCACAGUUGCUGUAUUAAUGUAUAAUAACAAAUGAAAGACAAUGCUUAAACAUUAGUCAAUUAUUGUGUAUUGACUAUUAUUAUUAUUAAUAAUAAUAAUAGUAAUAAUUUCUGAGUUCUUUCCUUUUAUGGACAACAUUUUGAAUUGGUUACUGUAGUAAAUGUAAUAGUUGUGGAGACUGUAAUAAAAUAAGUUCAAAAACUUUUAAUAAGUUAAAUAUCUCGGUGUAAUAACGUAUUUAAUCUAUUAUUGCCCUU